UAUGGCGCUAUCUACGGUCACCAAUGACCAGAUCAAGGAGAUCAUCGUUAUUGGUGCAGGCGUCAUCGGCCUCACCACAGCCUUAAAGCUCCAGGAGCAAGGCGCUUAUCGUGUCACAAUCGUUGCAGAGACUUUCCCCACAGAUCCAAAGUCAAGCAGGUACACCAGUCACUGGGCAGGUGCACACCAUGUUAGCCAUGCUUACGACGAUCAAAGACAACGAAAGCUUGAUCAAGAUACCUUCCACGCAUUAUGGAAGUUAUCAGAACCAGGUGGUGCAGCCGAGGGUUGUUUCUUGCGGCAUAUCCAAACUGAAUAUCACGGAGACGAUCUCCCUGAUGCCGAAUGGCUUCAUUUUAUGCCAGAUUUUAAAUAUCUAGAGAGUAACGAACUUCGUGGUCCAGCAAAGAUAGGCUUCUCAUUCAGCACAGUCACCAUGAAUACCCCAGUCUACCUUAAUUGGCUUCUGUCUUCUUUCCUUGCGAAAAAUGGGACCAUUCUGCGCGUGUCCCUGCAGCACAUCAGUCAACUUCUCGAGCGAGGAACUAGUCCGUACACGGGUGCCCGUUCGUACCGUGACGUCGAUGCUAUUGUCGUCUGUGCUGGUCUCGGCGCCCGGACCCUAGGAGGCGUUGAAGAUAAGGACGUACAUCCGAUUCGCGGGCAAACCGUACUACUCAGAGCUCCUUGGAUCAAGUUCGGGAGGACCAUGACUGAGGCUGAUGGGACGUACACUUAUACGAUGCCAAGAAGCAAUGGCGACGUGUUAUGCGGCGGCACAAGAGUACCCAAUGACUGGUACCCAAUUCCGCGUCCUGAAAUAACCGAUGAUAUUCUUGCGCGCGCCCUGCAACUCACCCCAGAGCUUGCACCUCCACAAACGCGUGUUGACCGUGAGCCCACCGUCGAGGACCUCCGUCCCAUCAUUAUUGAGCCAGGUUGUGGUCUGCGCCCUGGGAGAAAUGGUGGCAUCAGACUUGAAGUCGAGUGGGUUGACGCGCCUGCGCGAGGUAAAGUGCCUGUGGUGCAUAACUACGGACACUCCGGGUAUGGCUUCUUGUCGUCGUGGGGCUCAGCGAGCAUGGCCUUGGACUUGCUAGAAGGUGCUCUCGCGACGGGCGCUCCAACACAUGCAGACACAGUCGUCGACCAUCCAUCUGGAAAUCCAGGAAACUGAUGUUGUGUCUCUUGCACUAGCAAUGCAUAGUGAGAAGUGAAUGUAUAGAUGUAUGUAUGUAUAAGUGUACGAAAAACAAGCAACCAAUAUCUGAUGUAUGAUCAAAUGCGUACUGCAUGUCCUCAGACUCGGCUGAACUCCUCUGUCGUGUGUGGGUCAGAGACUGUGAUGAUUAAUGAAUUUGCCUUCCCGUUGUCGUUAUCGUUCUUCGCCGCUGUAGAAUUGCACCGAUCCGGAAACUCGCGAAUUCUUCCCACCUUCCUUCUGCAAGCAACGUUGCAAACUUUUACAGAGUAU